AUGCAGAGUCUGCGAGACAGAUUGAGGAUUAAUUCGAGUCUCUGGCGUUCACGGUUUGUUAUCAGUAAAGAAAAGGAGAUUUCUGGUUUGAGAAUUGGACGGGGUAUUUUAGUCCUUCUGUUUACGGAUAAUGCCCCUGGUGAAGGAUUUGGUGUCGGGUCCGUCACUUUCUUUGUCAUCCAAUGUUUUCCUUCAAUCAGUUCACACUCUGUCUCCCCCACCUUUGUCAACCUGUCUCCUUUUGUUGCAGAGGGAAAGUCUUCUAUACCUGAUAAAUCUUCACCUGCACCACCGGAUCAGACCAACAUGCAUGUGUAUCCUGAUUGGGCAGCUAUGCAGGCAUACUACGGCCCCCGAAUGGCUCUCCCACCAUAUUACAACUCGGCUGUGGCUUCUGGUCAUGCCACUCAUCCAUAUAUGUGGGGCCCACCACAGCCUAUGAUGCCACCUUAUGGGGCACCUUAUGCAGCAGUCUACUCACAUGGAGGAGUGUAUGCACAUCCGGCUGUUCCGAUUGGAUCUCAUCCUCAAGUUCCUGGGGUGGUGACAUCUCCUGCUGCUGGAACCCCUUUGAGUUUAGAAACACCUACAAAAUCUUCAGGAAAUACUGGUCGAGGUUUAAUGAAGAAGCUGAAAGGAUUCGAUGCGCUUGCAAUGUCAAUAGGCAAUGGUAAUGCUGAGAGUGCAGAGGAUGGGGGUAGGCUAUCUCAAAGUGUGGAGACAGAAGGUUCCAGUGAUGGAAGUGAUGGGAAUACAGCUAGGGGAAAGAAAAGGAGCCGUGAGGGAACACCAACUGCUGGUAUGAUCUCAUCCUUCAUUGACAGUGUUCACACCUAG